AUGCCAGUACAGGCAAAAGAGAAAGGAAAAGAACCCAUAACUCCUAAGAACAAGAGUCGCGUGCAAGCCACAUUAGGACUACCCAUGAGCCAGCUGGAGGGCAAGCGCAAGUACACGCAUACACCAGCUCCGAACACAGUAACGGCAAAGAACAGGGGACUGCCUACGGGUGGAUACUUGCACGACCGAUUAACAAACCCCACCAAAGAAUUGGUAGCGGCCAACGGGAACCCCAGCGAUUCAAGCGAAUCGAGUAGCAGCUCAGACAGCAACAAUGACUUCAAUAACAUGAGUCCGCAUAAACUUGCUAAAUACAUUAAGAAAUUAAAGAAGAAGAAUAAAGAAAGAAAAGAAAAGGAAAAGCUGAGGAAACUACAACUCAGCGGGUUUAAGACAAAGUUACCUACCACAUACAACGGGUUGAACGACUUUGAUACGUUCAAACAAUUUGUUUACGAAGUAGAAACAUGGCAGGAGGACACAGGAUUCAAGGACUAUGAAGCCGUAAGGCACGUAAAAAGCUUCCUCAAAGAUAAAGCGGCAAGCUACUAUAUGCUACAUGUAGCCCCCGAUGUCACUCAAUAUACACUGACCCUGGUAUUCCAAGGGCUAUUUGAUUAUUGCUUCCCGCCAGACAGUCAAGCAAGAAUACGCCGCAAGUUUAACAAUAUGACACAGUCAGACCGGGGGUUUAGAGAUUUCUACCGCAAAUUAUGUAAAAUACAAAGAAGACUAGCGGACAUAAACAAUAAAUCAAUUGCUGUCCAAAUGUGGGAAGGAGCCCACAGCUACAUACGCAUAGAAUGGGCAAAGAAUGGAUACUUGGCGGAACACAACUUGCCGGAGGAAUUAGAAGAAUUGGCAAUUAGAUUUGAAACCGCCGAAAAAAUUUGCCAAACGGAAGAGAACCAAACAAAUGAUCGCCGAGACCAAUCAACAUACAAAGGCAAGCGCCCUGAUUACCGUAAGCCUAGGGAAGGCAAAAGAAACGGUAACACGCCCAGGCAAGAUAAGCCGCACGUCAGUACCGAUAAGUCUCCAAGAAAGGAGAAGGUACCUAGGCUCUUGCCAGAAAAGUUUGCAGAAUAUUGUGCAGCGGGAAAGUGCACAUUCUGCCAUGAGAUUGGACAUAUAGCCAAGGACUGCCCAAAGCAAAACUUUGCUAAACCUAAGGGUAUAAGCACGUCGGCUGUAAGCUUCGCCCGCAUACAUGAGCUAGAAACAGCAACAAGGGAGUCUAAAUCGUUAUACGCAAUAUCUCUUGACCCGGGGGACAACAACAAAAUCGUAUGUGAUACACAAACCUUAAAUACAUACGCGAUAAAGAAAGAAACUCUACCGUCUAUGGAAUGGAACACAUCCAAACCAAGGGACAAGGAAAGAAAGGUCCCACGACCAAUAAUACUCAAGGUCCUAAUUAAUGGGAAUCCUGCUCGAGCAUUACUCAAUAGCAGGUCGCACGGGGAUUUUGUAUCAACCACAUUAGUAGACCAAUUGAAGCUAAAAAAGACCCGAUUAGCUAAACCCAUAGGACUACAAAUGGCAGUAUUGGGAUCUAAGAGCUCAAUUAAUUGGUGCGCAAACGCUCUAUUCCAGUACCAAGGGAUAGAAGAAGAUCGACCAUUUGAUGUAAUGAAUAUAGAAAACUACGACUUAAUAUUGGGCACACCUUUCUUGUACCAAUUCAAGGUCACGUUUGGACUCAACCCGCCAAAUGUAUUAAUCGGUAGUAAAAGGGCAGUACCCCUACAGGGAGGUACAGUAACAAAGAUAGCCUUGCUAGCAGCAGAACUGCUAGAGGAUGAGAUAGAAAAGGUGCGCGCUCAAUUGAGCGACGCAUGUAAGGACCUGUUCAAAACAGCAGCUGAAACGCCACUUCCCCCAUUACGAGUGAUAAAUCAUCGUAUCCCACUAAUCAACAACAACAAACCCUUACCAUGGCGAUUGUCUAAGUGCCCUGAGAAAUUAAGGGAUCAAUGGGAGAAGAAGAGAAAUGCAUACGUACAGACAGGAAGAUGGCGAUUUGCGACGGGAAAGAACGCAACACCUAUGUUAUUCCUAACAAAGAAGAGUGCUGACGGGUUCCCUGCAAGGGCGGGAAACCCAACAGUAUCCUUAACGGAUGCACCUAAAGAAUGGGCAGUACGAGCAAUACUGCAGCACGCAGGAAAAGGAAAAGAAACCCAAUAUGAAGUGCUGUGGGCAAACCAAAGCAGAACUUGGGAAGAUUAUUGCGACAUCAAGCAUUUAGUUGCGUUAGACGAAUACCUCAAACUGCAAGGGGUCAAUAGCGUCCUAAACUUACCAUGGACAGCUGAAUAUGGAAUAGAGGAACAGGAGUUCGGAAAUGAGCUCAAGGAGAAUGAUAUAAAAACAACUGAAAGCAAGGUACAAGUCAACAGCAUCGCAUUCAAUAACAUACUAGACAAUAUCAUACACUGUCGCAAUAUGUCUCGUACCAAUACCUCCAUCAAACAACAAAGCAUUUAUUUGUUCACUGCUGGCAAGCUUGUCGAUUGCGGCGUAUAUUGCGCCAACCUAUUUUGUGUCAGCCAUGGAUCCCUGGAUACUGCGGGCAGCGAACCGCCAAAGUACCAGGAGUUUAGAUCAAUGCUACACACGAUUUGGGAACAGGGGAGUAACACAAUUACACCCUCAAACCCUGCAGUCGAGAUGCUUACAACGUCGAUGAACAAGCUAGCAAUAGCGUUAGGGCAAGCGAAGCAAGUUGCUCAACAGAAAGGGGUGCCGGCGAAUGAAACAACUCAGAGAUACCCAGUCCGUCCCCGGCACCAAGGGCGACCAAUACAACGCGCAUAUAUACAAGCGCGCCCACCUAUCAACGCUCCUAAGGGGCCAAAAGCCCACAGGAACCCCCUCAUUGAUAGAAUUGGGGCGCGCGUCAGCCUGUACAAAAGGCACAGGACGCGGGGAGGAGCUAGGAGGAGAGAAUGGAGAGAAAAGUGGAGGAAUGAGAAAGCAAAGGAACAAGGAAAGGAGAAUAGAGACACGAAAGGAGACGGAGAGGAGAAACAGACCAAUGCUUACAGAAAAAGCACUGAAGAAACUUCAGGUCCAAGUAGUGGACACAGUAAUAACAAGGUGGAUGGAGGGGUUACCGGCACCGUUCCCGACAUUCCCAAAAGGGAGAACUAUACUUGUCCCAUACAUGCCAACAAAACCAAAGAAGUCAUCAACGACAAAGACUGGGACUGGGACCGAUUUGCUAACUCAGAAGCCAAUUGA